AUGGCGGACGAACCCGGCCAACCCCCCGCUCUCACCACCCUGAGCCUCGCAGAACAGGCUCCUGCCUCGAAGGCCGUUGCACAGAUUGUCACACCCUUUGACGUUUCUGGUGGCGUGGAUGAGUCCGGAAAGCUUCUCCCAGUCGACUAUGAUAAGCUGGUGCGCGAGUUUGGAGCCACUCGCAUCUCCAAAGAGCUGCUCGAACGCUUCGAGCGAGUCACCGGACGCCGGCCGCACCGAUUCAUGCGCAGAGGGAUUGUCUUCAGUCACCGUGAUCUGAAUCUGAUUCUCGAUCGAUAUGAGAAGGGGCAGCCGUUUUACCUCUAUACUGGUCGCGGACCAAGCAGUGACAGCAUGCACGUUGGACACACGAUUCCUUUCGAGUUUACCAAGUGGCUGCAGGACGUCUUCGAUUGCCCGCUGGUGAUCAUGCUUACUGACGACGAGAAAUAUAUGCACUCGCAAAAAAUCGAGGUUGAUGAUGCGAAAAGAUACACGAAAGCGAACGCGAUGGAUAUCAUUGCUGUUGGUUUCGACAUGAAGAAGACCUUCAUUUUCAGCGAUUUUGAUUUUGUCGGUGGUGCCUUCUACGAAAACAUCUGCAGAAUGGCCAAAAGAAUCACAAUCAACUCCGUCAGAGGAACCUUUGGCUUCAACGACAGCAACAACGUCGGCGAAUUCCACUUCUGUGCCACUCAGUCGGCCACUGCCUUCGCAACCAGCUUCCCUCACAUCUUCGGUACCGACAGGAAGAAGGUCUCCUCCAUCCCCUGCCUGAUCCCGUGUGCCAUCGACCAGGACCCGUACUUCCGUCAGUGCCGCGAACACGCUGAGAAGAUGAAGUACAAGAAGCCUUCGCUCAUCCACGCCAUCUUCCUCCCUGCUCUCCAGGGCCCUGGCUCGAAGAUGUCUGCCAGUGUUGAUACCUCCGCCAUCUACAUGAAUGAUGCGCCGAACCGCAUCAAGAACAAGAUCAACAAGUACGCCUUCUCUGGCGGUCAGGAUACGGCCGAGCUUCAGCGCCAACUGGGUGCUAACACCAAGGAUGAUGUUUCUUUCCAAUACCUCACCUUCUUUCUCGAGGACGAUGAGGAGCUAGAGCGUAUUCGUGUGGCAUAUGAGAAGGGAGAGAUGCUUACUGGUGAGGUUAAGCAGAAGUGCAUUGCGGAAUUGCAGACAUACGUCCAAUCCUUCCAGGAACGCCGGACCAAGGUGACAGACGAGAUUGUUGCUGAGUUCAUGCGUCCCCGGGCUCUCGAAUGGAAAGGGAACCCAAACCCCAUUGUCGUGGAGAAAAAGAAAUAG